AUGACUACAGGAGAUAUUUUUUCUAGACUAGCACUCGCUCUUGAGGUCCCUCAUGAAGGGCAUGUUGAGCCUUCGAUUCUUGAAAACCCGGAUUUAGAACCAAUGCUGCCAUCAAGGAGAACAUGGGGAUUCUGGUCUUUUUUUGGUUAUUGGGCAGUGCCUAAUAUCACCAUUUGGACGUGGUCUACUGGUAGUGCAAUGCUAGCUUUAGGGUUGAACAUUCAGCACACCAUGGGAGCUUUAACAAUUGGAAACAUAAUUAUUAUCGUCUAUACUUGUUUAAAUUCAACAAUGGGCGCAAAAUACCACAUUGGCUAUACUGUAUGUCAGAGAAUCAUUUUUGGGAUAUAUGGCUCUGGAAUUGGGAUAGUAAUUAGAAUUAUAUUGUCAAUUGUAUUUUAUGGAUCUCAAAGCUGGUUGGGACUAGGAUUGGUUGUCGCUUUUUCGAGUUUUAGUGAGAAUUUUCUAAACAUGAAAAAUACAUUCCCAGAGAGUGUUGCAAUGACUACGAGAGACUUCAUUGGCUUUCUUUGUUUUCAAAUAAUCCAACUAUUCUUCUAUUUCAUGAAGCCAGAAAAAAUGGAUCGAUACGUUAAUGUAUCUUGUCUUUUCGCAGGUAUAUCUUUUGUUGCGAUAUUCGCAACUUGUUUAGCAAAAAAUGGUGGUCCAGGAACAGUUUACUACGAGAAGGUUACUUUAAGCAAGGCAAAAACUGGCUGGAUGUGGCUUUACUCGAUGACUAUCUGGUAUGGUGCCUUAUCUCCAGAUGUCACAAAUCAGAGCGAUUUUUCAAGAUUCGCUUCGUCGAAGAAAAAAAUGUACCUAGGAAUUGUUGUCUCUGUUUUAACAAGUGGCACGUUGGUUCCACUUUUUGGGCUCAUAUGUGCAUCAGCUACCAAGGAUCUCUAUGGGAGUGAGUUAUGGUUACCAACCGACAUUGUGUUACGCUGGCUCGAUGAAAAUUACUCAUCAGGACUAAGAGCAGCGGCUUUUUUUCUUGGUCUUGCAUUUGCAUCUUCACAGCUCACCUUCAAUGUUUUAGCUAAUGGAUUUGCAGGUGGAAUGGAUUUAUCAGGAAUAAGCCCGAAGUAUAUUAAUAUUCGUAGAGGUGCUAUUAUAACUGCAUUGCUCUCAUGGGUUGUGCAGCCAUGGAAGUUCUAUAAUACCUCGUCUGUUUUCAUAAGCGUCAUGAGCUCUUUUGGAGUUAUUGUGACCCCUAUCAUUUCAAUAUUGAUUGCAGACUUCAGUGUUAUUAGAAGAUCGGUUAUACCGUUGCAAGAUCUAUAUAGCACAUCUCCUUCGGGAACAUUCUAUUUCACAAAAGGUUUUAAUUUUAGGGCGAUCUCGGUCUGGCUAGCAGGAGUAGUUCCAGGCAUCCCGGCCCUAAUUGCAAGUGUUCAAAACACCAAUAUUCCUGUUGGUUUGAGUAACUUUUUCUAUGGAAACAUUGUAUUCGCUUUCUUCUGUCCAUUUGUUUUGUAUAUCAUUGUUUGCAAAGUAUUUCCUCCAGGCAAUCUAGGUGUUAGUGACAAGGAAGACUACUUUAAUGCUUUCACUCCAAAAGAGCGUGAAGAGUUGGAAAUGGAUCCAUCCGAGGUAAUCGAAGGAAUUGAAGAAGAAAAGGAGAACGUUGAUUUAAACUCUUCUCUUAAGAAACAAGACGUCAAUAAUGUGAUAUAUGAGGUUUAA